AUGCAGCCACAGCGACAGCGAUUGUUUCUCGUACUAGUCGGAACGACUGUGCUACUUUUAGUGUCAGUACAUGUGGACGUGGUCACAUCGGCAUCCAUUUAUGCGCCCGAUUUCAACGACAGCAGUGCACACUUCCUCGAUCAACAGCGGUCUUGCCGUGAUCUGUGCAGCUUCUGUCCAACGUGCAAUGGGUUCUACUGUGGUGAAGAGUGUAUCUGUGAAUGUAGUCAGGAUCCGUCUGAACACGCCAAAUGUAUUGAUCUAAUUAAGGCCAACAGUGAACAGCUCGGACUGGUGUACGACCUAUUUAUCCAGCUGCCACAGAAACGAUCCACGCGGGCACGGUUCGGACGGCGAGCAAAUCAACCGGUAGCGAAAGACACCCCUGGAAGAGUUGGAUUUCAUAAGAUCUUGUUCUCCAACUUUGCCUCCAAACGUGUCACGACUGAAGAUCCGACGCAUCUCACCAGCACGAUGACGGAAAAUGUCACGAGUGAAAGUGUCGUGUCUGUGACACGGCCAACCAUGGAAAAGUCUGAAGUUGUAGAUCUUUCUUACACGAAUAGAACGUAA